CUGUAUUCCCAGGACUGUCCAGAGGAGAAGGUCCCAGAGAACCCUCAGAUGGCAAACCAGGGGGAAGAUCUGACCAUUAUUAAAGUGGAGGAUGAAGAAGAGAGGAUGAUGGGCGAUCCCCCGUGUAAGAUUGAGGUGGAGGAGGACAUUCCAGGAGAUGUCACCACAGAAAAUCUCAUUAAGAAUUCUGAGGGAAACUUCAUAUAUUCACUGAAUUAUAAAGUAGAAGAUGAAGAUAUCAUGCAGCGCUCUCCUGGAGAAAAUCUCAUUACCCUUAAUGUACAUCCAGGACCACACAGUACAGAUCAGUCAUACAAUCCUCCUAAUCCUGAGGAACCUUCUCCUGACCAAUCACAGAUUACCACAUGUACAGGUCAGGAAUGGGGUGAAAGAUUUCAGUGUGGCAAACAGUUAAAAAAACGAUCAAGACUUCCUGCACACAGAAGAAUUCGCGCAGAGGAGAAGCCACACUCCUGUUUAGAAUGUGGGAAGUGCUUCACGUAUAAAUCACAUCUUGUUAUACAUGAGAGAAUUCACACAGGAGAGAGGCCGUAUUCAUGUUCAGAAUGCAGGAAGGGCUUUAAAAUGAAAUCAAAUCUCGUUUUACAUGAGAGAAGCCACACAGGGGAGAAACCAUAUUCGUGUUCACAAUGUGGAAAAUGUUUUACACGAAAAUCACAUCUUGUUACACAUGAGAGAAGUCACACAGGAGAGAAGCCGUAUUCAUGUUCAGAAUGUGGGAAAUGUUUUACACGGAAAUCAUCUCUUGUUACACAUCAGAGAUUUCACACAGGAGAGAAGCCAUAUGGAUGUUCAGAAUGUGGGAAAUGUUUUACACAACAGUCGCAUCUUAUUACACAUGAGCGAUGUCACACAGGAGAGAAGCCAUAUUCAUGUUCAGAAUGUGGGAAAUGCUUUUCAAAUAAAUCAAAUCUUCUUUCACAUAGGAGACGCCACUUGGAAGAGAAAGCAUUUGCAUAUCAAUUUAUUAAUGGACCUUAAAGCUAAUAUGUUUUAUUUUUUGUUUGAAAUUAUCCUCGAUCUCCCUAUCAAACAAAUUAUACUUCUCAGAGGUCGACUGUGACCAAGAUCCAUGGAGCAUUGUGGAUAUAAGGAAGAAGAGACUUGUCUACUUCCAGAGCAGUGAAGAUGAACUGUCCCAUGAACCUUGCUUCUUAUCACUGUAUUCACACCUCCACCCACACUGCGGGAGAGUCCAGAGUGACAUGGGGAGAAGUAACGACGCUCCAUGUAAUAGUUUUAGAACGUAUGUGGACAUUAGUAUUUCAUUUUCAUUGAAAUAGUUUAUAUUUAAUAGUAUGGGCAUGUUAUGUGAAACAAUGACUAUUGUUUUUUAUUGUUUACUUUUGUGUUUAAUAUGGGGAAAGGGGCUGACUUGAAUUUUUAUACAUUUUUUUUUUUUUUAGUUUUUUUUUAUACUUAUUUUAACAUAACAUGUGAUUGUCUGAGCUCUUCUCCCAUAGACUGCAAUGAUUUAUCGUUGCAGCCUAUAGGAGAUAUACUGUGUUUCUGUAAAGCCCUGCCACAGGCAGGCCUCAGAGUCUUCCAACGGCCCAAUGCUGCCAUAGCAACUGAACGGUUCCCUCAAUCUCUGCAUGGGGGAUCCGUUCAAGCCCUGGAAGCGCAUUGCUCCAGGAGAAAUAUGUCUCAGAUGGCAUGUUUGUCAUUGACCACAGCAUGUUAGCAUGUCUGUGAGCUACGUUAUUGCAAACCACAGACAAUGCCUGUAGGUGCUAUGUAAAGCAACAGCCAUCCGGUGGCUACUAUGGUGCCCACUUAGCUUCUGAGUGGUUGCCAUGUUUAAAGUCUGUACAUGUAAAAUUUUACUUGUGUAGAAAGGUUGGGAAGGGGUUAAUAUAAAACGGCCUUCAGCAUUAUAAUAGUGCUUGAGAACACCCCUGUGUAUUUCAAAUUUGUAUUCCCCUUUUGAUCAAGUUGUCACUGCCAGGUCUUAAACUCAGGACCUUCUGUGUGGAAGGCAGAAGCCUUACAAGCUGAGCCACAGGCUUCACUGUGAUGAAUGAGAGGAAUUUCUCUUGGUCCUUUCUUAUUUCUUUCAAAUCCAAUUCUGACUUUGGCAAAAGAAUCCUGCAGGCAGGUCUACCUCAAAGCGUUAUCCAAAAAACUCUGUGUGACCGUACCCUAACAGUGUUUGGGAAUAUCCCCAUUGAUAACUCUAUACAGUGGUCCCUCAAGUAACAAUAUUAAUGGGUUCUGGGAUGACCAUUGUGUGUUGAAACCAUUGUACCUUGAGUCCAUAACUCUAUAGGAAACCAGUAAUUGGUUCCAAAGCCCAAAAAUGUCCAUAUUGACUGGUUGGAUCUGAGCCUGAGGCAUUGCUUGUUGAGUCUAGUCUCAAUUACGAUGACCCAAAACAGACCAUAGAAAAUAUUGUAUCCUGAGGCCAUUGUAUCUUGUGGGAUCCCCGUUUAUGGAAAUAACCACGGGACUCUCAGAGCAGUGACUCCAUAUGGAGUUGUCCGAAAAACACAGGAAGGACUCUAAAAGGAGACGACACAUCAAGUAUAUAAAAUGUAUAAGAACCUUUAUUAGACACCACAAAGUUAAAAUACUGUAUACAAUAAAGAUCCUUUGAGGGAUCCAAAUCCAUCCCUACAUAGCAAUGUGCGUCCUAAUUCCAAAUGGGGAAACUCACAUGUGCCCAGACAGUGAAGUGACAACAUAGCAGGGGCAAUGGAAAUCUAUAAAGCAUAAAAUGUACAGCAUAUAAAGACAAUACACAUGGUGUCAGGGUUUAGGAUGCACAGAGAACCUGCCGCCAGCACUACGUGGAUUGUAUUUAUGUGCUGUAUUGUAUGCUUUAUAGCAGGGGUGCACAACCUUUUCUGCUCUGAGGGCCGUAUUGUCU